AAACAUAAUAAUGAUACGGCAAACAGUGAUGAUAUUGAUGAUGAUCUAAUGUUAUUUAGUUAUAAAAAUUUACGUGCCAUUCAACGAAAUAUGUAUUUUAAAGCUGAAAUGCAACGUUAUGAUGGUUGGUAUAAUAAUCUAGCUCAUCCAUCAUGGGGAACAACUGAAAGUCAUUUAACACGUAAAGCACCACCAUCAUAUUCGGAUGGUGUUUAUAUGAUGGCCGGUGAAGAUAGACCUAGUCCAAGAGAAUUAAGUCAAGCUUUGAUGAAAGGUGAUGAUGGUGUUGCAUCUAGCCGUAAUCUAACAGCAUUGUUUGCAUUUUUUGGACAAGUAGUAUCAUCGGAAAUAUUGAUGGCCAGCGAGCCUGGUUGCCCAAUCGAAUUACAUCGUAUUAAAAUUGCUAAAUGUGAUGAAAUGUUUGAUAGAGAUUGUCAUGGUGGACGUACAAUGCCAUUUCAUCGUGCUAUAUAUGAUCAACGUACUGGUCAAUCACCUAAUAAUCCACGUGAACAGCUUAAUCAAGUAACCAGUUGGAUUGAUGGUAGUUUUAUAUAUAGUACAUCGGAAACAUGGCUAAAUUCAAUGCGUACAUUUCAAAAUGGUACAUUUCGUACCGAUAAUACUGGUCUUUUUCCACCACGUAAUGAAGAUCGUGUACCAUUAAUUAAUUCACCACCUGCACAUCAUUUACGUAUGGUACAUCCGGAAAGAAUGUUCUUAUUGGGUGAUCCACGUACAAAUCAAAAUCCAGUUAUAUUAGCAUUAGGUGUUGUUAUGUUUCGUUGGCAUAAUGUAUUAGCUAAUCGUGUACAAAAUGAACAUCCUGAUUGGUCUGAUGAAGAUGUAUUUCAACGUACUAGACGUCUGGUCAUUGCUAGUCUACAAAAUAUAAUAAUGUAUGAAUAUUUGGAAACAUUAUUUGAUGAACCAAUGCCACCAUAUGAUGGUUAUAAACCGGAUAUACAUCCUGGUGUUAGUCAUGUCUUUCAAUCGGCUGCAUUUCGUUUUGGUCAUACAAUGAUACCACCAGGUCUUUAUCGUCGUGAUGCACAAUGUAAUUUUCUUCGUACAACAAAUGGACAUGAUGGCAUAAGACUUUGUUCAACAUGGUGGGAUGCAGUUGAUAUUCUACCAAAUGCUGGCCUAGAAGAAUUAUUAAUGGGAUUAUCAUCACAGAUAGCUGAACGUGAAGAUGCUGUUCUUUGUUCGGAUGUAAGAGAUAAAUUAUUUGGACCAUUAGAUUUUUCACGUCGUGAUCUAGCCGCAUUGAAUAUAAUGAGAGGUCGUGAUAAUGGUCUACCCGAUUAUAAUACAAUAAGAAAAUAUUUUAAUUUUCAACCGGUUACAAAUUGGUCACAAAUUAAUCCAUUAUUAUAUGAAAAAGCACCAGAAUUAUUUGAAACAUUAUCACGUUUAUAUGAUAAUAAUCUAGAUAAUGUUGAUGUUUAUGUUGGCGGUAUGGUUGAAUCGGAAUUAGAUACUGGUCGUCCAGGGCCAUUAUUUCGUGCCAUUAUACGUGAACAAUUUUUACGUAUUCGUAAUGCAGAUCGAUUUUGGUUUGAAAAUAAACAUAAUGGUAUAUUUAGUGAUGAAGAAAUUGAAGAAAUACGUAAAAUAAAAUUAUGGGAUAUUAUUGUCAAUGCAACAAAUAUACCAUCGGAUGCUGUACAAAAAGACCUAUUUUUAUUUCGACCAGAUGAUCCAUGUCCACAACCACGACAAAUGACAAGUAAAAAUCUUGAAAAUUGUUUAAUACUAGCCGGUUGGAAUUAUUUUCAUGGCAGUGAAUUACCCUAUAUAAUGGUUAUAUUAUUACUUACAUUUAUACCGAUGUUUGUCGCUGUUGUUGGAUAUGGUGUUAUCAAACUAAACAAUCGUCGACGACGUAAAAUUAAACAGCAAAGAGAAAUGUCACAAAAGAAAAAUUAUGAUAAAUUAUAUGUACGUGAAUGGUUACAUCAUAAUCAUAAACGUUAUGUAAAAGUAAAAAUUGGACCAGAUCAAUCAGUAUCGACUGUAAAUCGUAAAGGUGAAACAUUAAGAAAAAUCGAUAUACAUGAAGCAUCAUCAUUAUUAGUAGAAGUAUCACAAGAUUCAAAUAAACCAAUGAUAUUAUUACGUCCAUUACGUGAUCAUGAUCUUGUUUUACAAUUCGAUAAUAAUGGUUCAAGAAAAAAAUUUCUAACCAAACUUGAAUCAUUUCUAUUGAAUCAUAAGAAAACAUUAGAAAUCAUACAUACAUAUCGUGAUAUAAUGUUAGCCAAUGCUGAAACUAAAGAAAAACGACAAAAACGUUUGGAACAUUUUUUUCGUGAAGCAUAUGCAUUAACAUUUGGUUUGAAACCGGGCGAAAAACGUAAAUUUGAAGAUGUUAGUAAUGAUGUUAUUAUGGUAAUGCGUACAUCAUUAUCAAAAAAAGAAUUUGCCGAAGCAUUGGGAAUGAAACCGGAUUCAUUAUUUGUUAAACAAAUGUUCAGUUGUGUGGAUAAAGAUCAUGAUGGUCGUAUUAGUUUUCAAGAAUUUCUUGAUACAGUUGUUCUAUUUACACGUGGUAAAACUGAUAGUAAAUUACGUAUUAUAUUCGAUAUGUGUGAUCAUGAUGGUAAUGGUGUUAUCGAUAAAAAUGAAUUAACAAAAAUGUUACGAUCAUUAGUCGAUAUUGCUAAAACAAAUUCAAUGACUGAAAAUGAAGUUAUGCAAUUAAUUGAAGGAAUGUUUGCAUCAGCUGGCCUUGAUGAUAAAGAUGAAUUAACAUAUGAUGAUUUUAAACUUAUGAUGAGUGAAUAUCGUGGUGAUCUAAUUGCAAUCGGUUUAGAUUGUAAAGGUGCAAAACAAAAUUUUCUUGAUACAUCAACAAAUAUCGCCAGAAUGACAAGCUUCCAGAUUAAUCCAUAUCCAGAUCCAGAACCAAUGUUUUUGCUUAAAAAAUGGAAUCAUUUUAUUACUUAUUUGGAAGAAAAUCGACAACCAAUUGUUUAUUUAUUAAUAUUUUUUGUAACAACAAUUGUUUUAUUUUUAGAACGUUUUAUAACAUAUAGUCAUUUAAGUGAACAUACUGAUCUUCGUCAUGUAAUGGGUUAUGGUAUUGCUGUUACACGUGGUUCAGCUGCAUCAUUAUCAUUUUGUUAUUCAUUAUUAUUAUUAACAAUGUGUCGUAAUCUAAUGACAAAAAUUCGUGAAAUGCCUAUUCAUCAAUAUAUCCCAUUAGAUUCACAUGUACAAUUUCAUAAAAUUGUUGCAUUAACUGGUCUAUUUUUUACCGUAUUACAUACGAUUGGUCAUUGUGUUAAUUUUUAUCAUGUUUCAACACAACCUGUUGAACAUUUACGUUGCUUAACAAAAGAAUUACAAUUUGAAUCAGAUGCAAAACCAACAUUUUCAUUUUGGAUAUUUGGUACUGUAACCGGUUUGACUGGUAUAUUACUUGUAUUGAUUGUAUCGAUUAUAUUCAUUUUUGCACAUCCAAGAAUCAGACAAAAAGCAUAUAGUUAUUUUUGGACAACACAUUCUUUGUAUAUCUUAAUGUAUUUGUUUACAUUUAUUCAUGGAUUAGCAAAAAUUACUGGGCCUCCAAAAUUUUGGCUCUUUUUCAUUGUACCGGGUAUUAUAUUUGUAUUGGAUAAAAUUGUUAGCCUUCAAACAAAAUAUAUGGAAUUGGAUAUAUUGGAAACUGAUUUAUUACCUUCAGAUGUAACAAAAGUAAAAUUUUCACGUCCACCGAAUUUUAAAUAUUUAUCUGGACAAUGGAUACGUUUAUCUUGUACUGCAUUUCGUUCAAGCGAAUAUCAUUCAUUAACAUUAACAUCAGCACCGCAUGAAAAUUAUCUUUCUGUUCAUGUUAAAGCACAAGGACCAUGGACAUGGAAAUUACGAAAUUAUUUUGAUCCAAAUAAUUUAGUUAAUAUUAUACCGGAUUUACCGCCACCAAAAAUACGUUUGGAAGGUCCAUUUGGUGGUGGUAAUCAAGAUUGGUAUAAAUAUGAAGUUGCUGUUAUGGUUGGUGGUGGUAUCGGUGUAACACCAUAUGCAUCCAUAUUAAAUGAUCUUGUAUUUGGUACAUCGACAAAUCGAUAUUCCGGUGUUGCUUGUAAAAAGGUAUAUUUUCUUUGGAUUUGUCCAUCACAUCGUCAUUUUGAAUGGUUUAUCGAUGUAUUACGUGAUGUUGAACGUAAAGAUGUUACACAGGUUUUAGAAGUACAUAUCUUUAUAACACAAUUUUUUCAUAAAUUUGAUUUACGUACAACAAUGUUGUAUAUAUGUGAAAAUCAUUUUCAACGAAUAUCAAAUCGUAGUAUGUUUACCGGACUGAAAGCUAUUAAUCAUUUUGGUCGACCAGAUAUGAAUGCAUUUUUAAAAUUUGUACAAAAUCAACAUUCAUAUGUAAGCAAAGUAGGUGUUUUUAGCUGUGGACCAUCAGCAAUGACAAAAUCAAUAAGUAAAGCAUGUGAAACUGUUAAUAAUCGUCGAAAAUUACCAUAUUUUAUACAUCAAUUUGAAAAUUUUGGCUAAAUUCUCAUCACAAUCAAUCAAAUUACCACUCUAAUUGUUCAAUAAUUUUGCUCAUUCAAACAAACAAACAAAAUUCAUUCAUUUGUGAUCGAUUAACAAAUUUUAAAAAAUCAAAAAUCAAAAUCAAUUAUCGGGAAUCGGGAAUCGGUGCCGGAAUUGUAAUCAACAAAAAAAAAAUAGUUUCUCUGUAAACAUGUUUAUCUCUUUCUUCAAUUUGUCUUAUUUAUUUUCUUUUUGUUUAAACAUUUGUUUUUUCCUUUUAAAAUUCUUU